GCUAGCCACAGGCGACAGAUCCGCUCCUGGCUGGCCGGCUCUCGCAACCCCAACACCCCUCGAGAAUCGUCGCGCGCGCAGGUGAUCGGGUAUGAUUUGGUGUGCAUUGUGGAUUUCUGGGUCGGAUCAGGAGUGAUUCUGGGGAUUAUUGCCUCCCGCGCGCAUCCAUAGAUGUGUACCUGUUUAGUUGUUCUGAUUGUUUUCAGCCGAUCAUAUCAUCAAUUUAUCAUAAGAUCUCUCGGUGCACUCUGUGGUUUGAUUUUGUGUAAGAAGAAAUGUCAUGUCGCAUGGUUAUGCUCUGUAGAUUUGAGAUUGAGAGCAGGCGUUAUUUUGUGCGAGCACACAUUUUAAAUAUUCUAAACUACUGCUAGUAGUUAUGGUCAACUACUCAACUAAUUCCCUGCCUUCGUCACUUCGAAGUACAGCAUUACAUAGGCCUAUAGCAUCUUCAUUUGUAUUAACUCGCUAGAAUAAGAAUAUAUUUAUUGCUUCUCCUAGUGUAUUAACUCAUUAGAAUAGGAACAGGGAACAGUUCUUCGUUCAGUCUCCUUUUACACGCUUAAACAUAACAGAAAUAAGUGGAACUGAAUUGCAGGCAAGCUGGUAGAUUGAAAAGAACCCCCUCACUAGUCAGUCCCAGUAAAAACAACAGGGAUUAGAUCCCACUUUCCUCGUAUUGUGCUUCUGAGUACAAAGUAGAUUUGGAAAAUAGAUUUUUCUUUUGUUUUUUUCCUAGUGCAUCAUAGUUCAAUUCAUAUAGUUGCAUGCCAAAUUAGUACGUGUUGUUGUAAUAAAAAGUUCGCCAAAUUAGCGCCUGUUAUUGUAAUUAAAAUUCAGUGCCUUUAUAAUUAAAAGAUCACAACUGCCUUUUUACUUACAUUUUUUACCGGGCUUUUUCUAAGGCCCUAUUCGUUUCACAGGAGAAGUGGAGGAAUACUGUUUGUAGCAGAUUUAUUCCUAUCAACCAUGUUCGUUUUACAGGAUUGAAUGGCAGGAAAAGUAAAGGAUUUUUUUCCUAUCGUACGGGUCCCAAGAAGAAAACGGAGGAAAUUUUGCCUCCAGUACGACCUCAUGGGAAAAUUCAUGGCGGGAAAUGAGCGCGCGCGGUAGCUCUCUCGCGGCAAAAAGGCAAGCGUGAAAUAAUAAAAAAAUCCUUCGAUGAAUCUCUCCAAGACCUCGUCCUACCAGUAGCAGGCACCUUCGCCUCAGCCGUUGCCGUAUGCGGCAUCGACGAGGAGGAGGACGGGAUGAGCGGCGAGGAUCGGCGAGGACGGGCGGCGGCGAGGACCUGGGAGGAGGGGACAAGCGGUGGUGGGGAUCGGCCACGACGGGACGAGUGGCCGCAGGGAUCGACGAGACUCGUUUAUUGCAGAAGGAAGAUGGAUGCUAGUAGGCGCCAAGGUGGAAUUCAGCAAUUGUUGGCUGCAGAGCAAGAAGCUCAACAAAUUGUGAAUGCUGCUAGGAACGCUAAAUCAGCAAGACUUAGGCAGGCAAAAGAGGAGGCGGAGAGAGAAAUAGCUGAAUACCGUGCUCAGAUGGAAGCUGACUUCCAGAGGAAAGUUGCAGAGAGUAGCGGGGAUUCCGGUGCAAAUGUCAAACGGCUUGAGCAAGAAACUGACGAGAAAAUUGUGCAACUAAAGCAGCAGGCUGCAAAUGUCUCCCCUGAAGUGAUCCAGAUGCUUCUUAGGCAUGUUACCACCGUGAAGAACUGAUAAUAGCUGUAAACCUUGCCGACAAAUUAACCCGAGAUUGUGCUCAAAUUGUGUGCUAUCCUUUUAUUAUUCGAAGAUGGAUUACGAAUGUCCCUGUCAGCUAUUGCUUCGAACCUUGUUCUUACUCGUUGCUAUAAGCUACAGCAGAUUUAUUGGUGAA